AAUGGAAGUUCUCUUGCGUUUCCUUCUCAUCAUUUCUAUCUAUCUUCCAUAUUCAUGGGAGGAGGAUUGCUCUAUUCGUCGGGUUGGAAGUCGACUUGAAAUAGAUGUAGAUGCAAAUAGAUAUUGUGGAACACGUUUCGAACAACAGCAGCAAGAGGCAGAGAAGGUUUCGCAAGAUGAACGGGAUAUGUUGUAUGAGCUGGGUGAAAAGUUUCAUAAGUUUAGAAAAGAUUUGGAUGAUUGUCAAAGCUCAAAAGAAAAACUCAAGAGACUCUAUGAAGAAGAAAGAAGGAAAAGUGAAAAGCAAAAUGAAAAGAUCGAAAAGUUAGAGAGUUUGAUAGAAAAACUUAUGGAAAAGAAUGAUGAACAAAAGAAGCAACUUCGAGAGCAAGAAGAGAAAUUAAAGGCAGCCAGAACACUUCUUCAGACAUCUAUGGAUUUCAACGAGGAAUUAAAAAGGAAUCACAGCUAUUUAGAAGAUGAGUUCGAAAACUGUACAGAUGAUUUUAGAGCAGUUGCUAGACAGAACAAAGUUCUGAAGCAAGAAGUUAGAAAAUGGAUGAGACUUGCCAAAAUACUUCGAAAACAACUUGCAGUAGUUCUUCCAACUUUGAAUCGCUGUAGAAAUUGUAAGUUUUCUAACCCUGGUGGUAAAUUUAUGCCGAUAGAUGGCAUUACCAAAUAG